UUUUUCUUUGCGAUCGACGGUCAACAGUCGACCAGACGGAAAGUUAUUGUUUUUGUUUCGUGUCACCAAACUUGCAACAGCAGCCCAAAUUUUCAUCAAGCAAUCGAUCGGCGGAUUAUUUUCGCUGAAAAUCCGUUUCCCGAGGAUUUCCCUCGAUGAAAAUCAGGUGAAAAAGUGUGCAAGAGAUAUUAUUGCUUGGAAAAGACAGUGCGAAGACGCGUCACCACAGGUAUUAGGGUUUCCACGUAGCACGCGUGAUAAUCUGACGGAAGUGUCCCCCCGUUGCGGGAAGCAUUGGAAAAAUGUCUUACCGUAUCUUGCGGAAGUUGCAGGGCAACGAACUGGAGAUCAAGGACCCCAUCGACGAGAUUUCCGAUGGGGCCGAUGCGGAUUACGAUACCAACAGCAUCGGCAGCCAGACUCGCAAGAAAAUCAAUAUCAAUCGAUUCGAUUUGCUGAACCAGCAGCAAUCGCUCUCGGAGAGCGAAGUCAAAGAGGAUGAUAACGACGAAACGGAACGAGACAAUGCUGGAGGGACACAGAACCCAAAUCUGGUUGAGUGCAAAAAGAAGAAGAAAAAGAAAAAGAAGCGUACCGGCAAGUACGUGGCCAGUUCGGCUCGCCGCAGCAGCGAAGACAAUGCCGACGUCGAGGACGAUUUUGCCAAAACGGUCAAAGAGGUCGAUCAGCUGUUCGGCGAUUAUGAAAAGUCAGAAAACAGAGCAUCCGUGGCCAACAGUGGCGUGAACGGAUCGGGUUCCGGUUUCUCCGGGGGCAAGUCCCUACUAUCGGUGCAACACAAGAAUUUGAAUCCACAGUAUGAGAUGAAGCGGAUGUUCGGCAGCAAAGUGGUCGCUGAUCAGCAGAACAAACGACGGAACAACAACCGAGGAGCAGCCCCGCGAACGCUGAAGUCCACCUACUUGGUGAACCCAAAAGACAGUUGGCCUCCGGUUGGAAAGUCGGGGAUCUAUAUGAACCUGGUGCAGGCACCGGAACAAACCUUAGGAGGAACAUCCAAGGGCGUGGCCGAUAAGAACGUAAUCUAUUUCGCUUUUGAGCAUAAUCCCUCGUACAGACAGAUUCAGCAAAAGUUCUUGAAUGCCGUGGAGAGUAUGGACUCGGACAACAUUAUCAAGAUCAUCAAUCAGCAUCCAUAUCAUGUGGAUUCGCUGAUCCAACUGAGCGAACUGUGUAAGAUGUCCGAAGACCACGCCAUGGCUUCGGAUUUGAUCGAGCACGCCUUGUUUGCACUGGAAUCCUCGUUUCACACGAUGUUCAGCUUAACCCAAGGUAACUGCCGACUGGACUACCGUCGCCAGGAAAACCGCGCCCUGUUUGUGACCCUGUUCAAACACUCCCAAUAUCUUGAGUCCCGAGCGUGCUCCCGGACAGCUCUCGAAGUUGCCAAACUGAUACUUACUCUGGAUCCUGUCAGCGAUCCCCUGGCGAUCAUUCUGAUGAUCGAUUUCUAUGCCAUUCGGGCUAAACAGUACGAAUGGUUGGUCCAGCUGUACGACGAGUGGGAGGCCACCAACAACCUGUCUCAGCUGCCCAACAUGGCCUAUUCCUACGCACUGGCAUUGUUCCAUUUGAAACGGAUGGAUGCGGCCGAUCGCGCCCUGCAGUACGCCCUGCUGAUGUUCCCAGCCGUGCUCCGACUGCUUCUGAACGAGUUGGGCAUUCAACCCGAUUCGCGGGUCAUCGGUCAUAACUACUUCGCCCCGAGUACCUACGACAAGGCCACGGUAGCAUUGCAGCAGCUCACGUCCCUCUACGUUUGCCGGUCGAAGCUGGUUUGGCGCGACACGGAGAUCCUGCCGUGGCUGGAACGGAACGUGGCCACCGUGUUGGAUCGGGUGGACGCUAAGGACGACAUCGUGGCAGAGUACACCGCCAAACGGAAUCAGAGGUAUAUGAACCCUCCGAGGGCAAUCUUGCGGCACAUUGUCUUGUCGGAUUUCAAGGAGAAGGUCCCACUUGCUCAGUUCAUCAAGAAGGAAACGGAACCGGUGCUGAUGUACGACCCACUACCCCCGCUGGAUUCGAUCAACAUUUACAGCAGGCCCUCAAUCAGCCCGACCACGCGGAACAUGAUCAACGCGUCGCCGUUUUCGAUGUUUUUCCAAUCCCUGCUUCCGAGCUUCAGCCUGCAGCAACAAGCCCAACAGCAACAGCCGGGCCAGCUUGCGAACCGUAACCGCGAAGCCGGCGAAGGACCCGCUGCUGCAGUUGCUGCUGCUGCCGUAGCCGCUGGCGCUGGCGCCGGAGCGGGUGCCGCCGCAGCCGGCGAGGGUGCCAUCGCCGGCCUCCAGGCGUACACCAAUUCGCUGAAUUCGAUCGUGGAUGCCAUGCGGGACUUCCUGUCGGACAUCCGGGUGCUGGAGCGCCCGAACGACGCCGACGUGGACGACAACGAGAGCUCGGACGGGGACGAGCAGAACGAUUAUCUUACGUAAGGUGGUGGGAGGCGGGUGUAAUGGCCGUCGUGACUAGUAGUCGUUACGUUUUGGUUUAAGGUAAGUCUUUUUUUUCAAAUUGUUCGUGGUUGAUCAACGGGAGGAAAGGAUGGACGAGGAACGCCGCGUCGCUUAUGAUUUUGAAAAGUUUACAUCACACGAAAAAUACUCAAAUUUUUAAGGUUUUCUAGUUUGUAUAGGUUGCUCUAACGUAUAUUUUCGUGCUCAUUUAGUUUUGAUAUGAAGUUUAUCUUGUUUUCGUGUGUAAUUUUGAUUUUUUUUGAGUCAAGUAUCAUUGUUAAAUUGGAAGUUCGAGAGAUAGCUUUACAAAUCGGGGAAAAAAUCAACGGAUGUCUGCUAAAAUAUCUGGAAGCAAAAAGAUAAUUGAUGGACAGUUUUUUUUUCCAAAACACCACGACAAAUUCACCUUUUGUCUGCAGGAAGUGGAAACAAACUCCUCAGAAUAGAAAAAUGGAGUAUGCCUUGAUAAAAAAUAAUAAAAAAAAACAAAGUGCGUCUUCUCUGAAGAUGAUCGCAGAUCGAUCGAAACGUCGGUCUUCUAAAAAAAAACGCCCGAUACCGUUCCACAUAAACACUGAUUUCCGGCAAAGUAUUUUCGGACUUUUGAAAUAAGAUCUACAUAUUUCGCCAAUGAGCAUAGCGUUGUAUGCUUGUCUCUCAUUUUUGAAUGGCAACGUAUUUGGCGGAAGGUUAAAUAACCUGUCUGUUUAUUAUUAUUAUUAUUAUUUUAUCAUGUACAUUUCCCUGCCACCUUUUGUAAUUUUGUCUAGAAGUUUUCUGCUUUUCGAUGUUUCGAAAAAAAAAACUAUCUUUGGCACAAACUUCUAAGUUCGAUAAUUAGUUUUUGCUUCUCGAUAUCUUGCAAGACCGUUGAAUCUACAUAAAUGUGAACGGAGCGCUUAACAGAAAAGAAAAACAAUAAUCAUCGCUUGUAAUCAAAAUUUAUAUUGCGUUAUCGCCGCAAGAUGGAAAUAUAUUCAAUCAAUAUCAAGCACAGCUAACGUUUUCACCUUCAACACUAGCUACGUACAGUAGCGUUAAAUAAAAAUGACAUGUGAUCACCCAGAUUAUCAGUAAGAAGAAAUUAUAUAGUAAUUCUCGAUUCCAUUUCCGAUUGUAUGGCAUAUUUUAUAAUACAGUAAAACCUCCAUGAGUCGAUAUUGAAGGGACCAUCGACUCAUGGAAAUAUCGACUAGUGGAAUAGGAAUCCAAUGGAAAGCAUUUUGGAGGGACCAUCAUAGUAACCCUGAAAUAUUUUUUCACUAUGGAAAAAAAUACCUCCAUGAGUCGAUAUCGAGUCAAGGAACAUCGACUCAUGGAGGUUCGACUGUAUCACUGAUUGUAUUUGCACUGGAAGUAUUUGAUUAAAUAGGGGUAGGCGGGGCAUAAUGAGCAGGUGGGGCAUAAUGAGCACCUUGUUUUUUCACUGUAAAUCUUCAAAUUAACAAAACAGCCUUAUUAUCUAAAAUCCAAUGAGUUGAUGACAAAACAUUAGUCAAAAAAUCCGUUUACCUUGAAAAAAUUAUCAAAAUGCGUAAAGUGGCCAUGUACUGGGAAAAUAUUAUAAGAAUCAGGUGACCUAAAAUAAGGUUUUGGGUAUCGAAAUCACAACUUAGUGGGCAUCUAUCGAUUUUCUUGAUAUUCCCUAGGCCAAUGAAAUGUAUUUGUAACACUUUUCAACUAUUUGUAUAAUUAUUUUGUUAAAAAAAUAUGCUUCAAAGAGUUGGUAGUAGGGUGGGGCAGAAUGAGCAACUAGUGAUAAAAUAAUGAAAAUGGUAAACAUCUUCAACAAAAAAAAAUAAUUUUGGUUUUCUCUGUUUGGACGCAUAUAGUAAGGUUUUGUUUGUAACUUUCAAUUUAUUAACUUGAAAAUUUCAGUAUCUGUAAAUUAUCACCGUUUAAAAAUUCCUCAAUAGAAGACUCAUUAAAACCCCACAGUUCCCUACACAUUAAACCCCGUAAUCCUUUCAAAUUCUCAUUGAUUGUUGCCGGUAUGCUUUAUCAUUGACAAUAAUAGUCAAUUAGCAUUUGAUUGUGUACAAAACUGAUAUUGAUCAUCCUGCCCCACCUAGGGUGCUCAUUAUGCCCCACCCCCAAAACGCAACUCGCGAUUUUAUACGUUUUUAAAAACAUAAAAUUCUACAACAUUUAUAACUUUAUUCGGAUUUUCAACGAUUAGCUUUUGUCAGUUAAGGUUCAAAUGAGGAUUGAACGUUAAAAUUACACAUUGGUUGCAUUUAAUUUACUGGAUUUGUUGGCAAAAUGCUUAGGCUGCUCAUUAUGCCCUGCCUACCCCUACCUAUAAAAAAAAUAUCACUCUCCGAAACGAGCGUUGAAAAACUGUUACACGACCUCGUGUAGGUUACUUUUGGGUAACGUUAGUUUGAAGAACGGAAUGUGCAACCUUUUUUCAACAUAUUUGCCGAUUUUUGUCACAUACACUCUUUAGUAAAGCAAAUCUUUAUGUUAUCAUAGUGAAAAAUAAAGGGAAACUACAAGAAAAAGAAAGACUUGAAGUUAGAAAUGUUUGAUCAUACGUAGGUAUAGAGAAAUGUGACAAAAAUGAAGAAAAUUUGUCUCGUUUGGGAAAUAAUAAGUAAAAACAAACAAACAAUCUAAUUGCAGAUAUGUAUAUCUUUUUAAAAUGUUUCUACACAUUCGAAAGAGCUACACCUGCACACCAUGGCUGAUGUGAGAUCCAAUAUUUAUCAACCAAAACGUGAUUGCAUAUUCAUUGAUUCGAAGGGUCGAUAUAUUCCAUCUAUGUCUUACACAAAAUGAAUGCAAAACAACAAAAUAACUAAAGUAUUUAAAUCGAGCAAUCAGUGAGAUUGAUGUGACACAAUGUAACAACAUAAUUAACGCAGUAUAAUCCACAAAUCAAAUUCAAAUCAUGUUUCGAUGAGGCUCUUUAUCCUCGUUCAAGUUAAAGCUCUUUGUUUUACAACCACAAGUCGAUCAAUGUGAUUACCACUGAUUACAUUCUUUACUUACGGAAGAUGUUAUAAAUACCUACACAUGUGUGUACGUCACAUGACACGCAGCAAACAACAAAAUCUUAAAUAAUGGCAAAUGUUUCACAGAGGUGUAAAAACUAGUGCAACCUUUCAAAACAAUGAUGAUUUAUUAUUAAAACAUCAAUAUUAUAACAAAUAUGCUAAAACGGUA